GCAUAGUUUUUCAAUAGGGAAGAAAAAAUGUCAUGCAUUUUCAAAUUUUCAAAUCAAAAUGGCAUCGGCAUGGCUUAUACAAAAGGCACAAGUUUCAAUUGGUUGUCAGCUUUGUGAGAGUGGAUCUACCAUUCAGUGGAAUUGUAUUGAUUGUGUAUUACUGAUGUGUAGUAAAUGUAAACAAAUUCAUAUGAAGUUUAAAAAUGCCAACAACCAUAAAAUUGUUGAUAUUAAUCAAACUGAUCCAUAUGAAUAUUCAGAUAAAAAUUUUAACUUAAGUGAAAUAAAUUGCCAAGAUCAUGCAGGACAGGCCUGUUGCUUGUAUUGCAAAGAUUGUGAACAGUUCAUCUGUCUUAAGUGUAUGACCGAAGUCCAUAAAGGACAUGAAACCUUAGAUACUGAAAAAUACAAAUUUGAACUGGACAGACUGAUCAAAAUUCAGAGGGAAACCAAAAACAAACUAUGCAAUAUGGCUUUGUUCAAUUUUCCAAGAAAAAUCGGUAAAGAUAAAUUUGGUUCAGAGAAAAAAGAGGUGAAAGUGAAAAAGUCACAUCUAAACUUUAAAAUCACUGGACAAUUUACAUCUGAUAUAAAACAUAUCACAUCUGUGUCAUCCUGUUUUGACGAUUCUCUGUGGAUAGGAAACUGGGGCAAUGAGGUCAAACAUGUGACCCUAACGAAAGACGAGGUUCAGGUCAUAUCACAGUUCCCUAUUCCUUUGUAUGACAUGGCUGUUACUUCAUCUGACAAUAUUCUUCUAUCAGUGGGUGAAAGUUCACUGAAGAAUUUAAAUGAGAUAACUGGACAAUUGUCAGAUUCUAAGUACAAUAUAGCGCCAAUGUUAGCAACUGGUGUACAUGUUACUGCGGAUCAGAAGGUCAUUAUUGGAGCCAUAACACAAGGAGCUGGUUUCACUGGUGAAGGAAAGCGCAUGGUGAUAGUCAUGGACAAAGAGGGGAAAAGUCUUAUUGAAUAUGAACAUGACAAUCACAACAAACCAUUAUUUACAUUUCCUGACAAAAUAUCUUGUACCAGGGGAGGUAAUAUCUGUGUAAUAGAUAGGUUAGAUGGAUCUAAUAUAGGUAGAGUGGUAGUGCUUGGGCAGGCAGGAAACAUCAUAGGAGUAUACUCGGGUCAUCCAGACAUUAACUAUCCGUUCUUACCAUUUAAACCCUCAGGCAUACUAACAACCACAUUAGAUAAUAUUAUUAUAGCUGAUAUGAGCAUUAGUUCGCUGCACAUUUUGAACUGUGAUGGACAAAUUAUUUCAUAUUGUAGGAUGGAUGUUAUAGGAAUAAUGUGUCCAAUUUCUCUUACUCAGUCUAGACAAGGAUAUAUCUACAUAGGGUGUGAUUCUCUACCAGGAGGUUCAGACCAGGUCAAAGCAAAACUUUAUCAAAUUCAGUAUUCUGAAUUUUAAAACCCAAAAUAUAUAAUGAAGUUUACUUUUUUAAGUUGGAGUUAUCACAGUGUGGUUAACAAUAGCAUUAUAUUGAAAUUAUCUGAACAAAACAACACUGUAACUAAAUUUGGUGUUGUUAGGUUCUUGUUUCAUUGAUGUGUACCUGUUAUCUUCUUUUAUUCGUAAAACUAAACAAUCCACUGAAUUAUACACUGAUUGAUCUGUGUGACAUAUCAAUAAAUAUUACUGUGAAUUCAUUUAUUUUUGUGGAUUGAGGAACAUUUGCCUUUUGGUGGACAUUUGAUUUUAUGUUUUUGCCAGUCUACAUACAAGCCUAUACAAAAUUUUAAGUCACAUUAAUAAAUCUCACAUUAUUAGUUGAUCAACAAUCACAAAAAAUAA